AACCGGUUCUUCCGGUCCGACCGUACAAAUCACCUUACUGGGCCUUCGUCAUCCUGCUCACUGGGCUCUAAAACGUUAUCGGAGUGCUGUCGUUGCAGAGAGAAGGCAAUGGCUAUGGAAGCUGCGGUCUACACCAAUUUCUGCGGAUGCCCCCGGCGUAAUUCCGUCGUCAUCCACAGCCAACGACCCUCAAGUACGGUCAAGGGUUUCGGACAAAACCCCAUCAUUCCGACGACGACGAGGAUAAGGAGGUCAUGUCGUGUUUUCGCUGCUAAUGGUCCCAAGAGUGACGAUAAAGGUUCAAGCUUUGGGGACUCGUACAUCUCCCAGGAGGAUGUGAACUACCUUUGGAAAUUAGGAGCUGGUUCUAUUGCUGGUGCUGCUAUAAUAAAGUACGGCAGCAUCCUUUUCCCCGAGAUCACGAGACCCAACAUCGUUGAAGCUCUAGGCAUCAUAUCGACUCCUGUCAUUGUGGCUGUAUUACUCUUGAUCAAGGAAAGUCGGGUCGAGCGAUGAACCUAAAGAGCAUGUGCACUUGAGUUGCUUUUACCUGCCUUUUGUCCAAUGAAAUAUUCAGGAAGUCUACUUUCUGGGUUUAUAGAUCUGCCAUCCUGAUUCUGUGGAUUGCCAAGACUUGUCCCGGAUGCUUAUUGACAUAUAUAUAUAUAAAAACAAAGGAUGACCAUGUAUAAUUUUCCUAUUCAUCGAUCAGUUAUACUCAGUGACACGGGAAUACAAGCAAUUUUUAAUCUGUGUAUUUAUCUUUCAUAAUCCCUCCAAUUCUGUAGGUACAGAUACAGAAUUUUAUAUCUGUUGAAAGGGAAUGCUCUA